AUGCAGAAACUCUUGCUGUACAACAAUCAAUUACAAGGAACAAUUCCGCCCUCUCUAUCUGAUUGCCGCAGUUUGUAUUUCCUGGCACUCACUUAUAACCGAUUGCAUGGCAGCAUUCCGCCUGAGCUGGGUUGCCUCACAAGCCUCAAGUAUAUUUACUUAGGAGCAAACAAUCUCACAGCUACCAUUCCCCAUUCAUUAGGAAAUUUUUCCGCGUUAGUUUAUUUGGAAUUGGCAGAAAAUGAUCUGACAGGUACCAUUCCCCCUGAAUUGGGCAUGCUCACUGACCUGCAAUUUCUUUCGCUUUUCACAAAUAAUUUAUCAGGUACCAUUCCCAGCUCUUUCGGAAAUCUCUCAAAAUUGACUGACUUAGAUAUUUCAGAAAAUGUUCUCACUGGUGAAAUUCCACCUCAACUUAGCCAACUAUCCUCUCUUCAAUACUUCGAUCUCUCCAACAACGCCCUGACAGGAGGAAACAAUCUCACGGGUAGCAUUCCCCGUUCCUUAGGAAAUCUGUCCGCCUUGGUUGAAUUGACAUUGGAGAAAAAUGAUCUGACAGGUGCCAUUCCCCCUGAAUUGGGUAUGCUCACUCAACUACAGGUUCUUUCCCUGUGGGGAAAUAACUUAUCGGACAACAUUCCCAGAUCUUUCGGAAAUCUCUCAAAAUUGAGCGAUUUGGAGUUGUCAGGAAACCUUCUCACAGGUUCCAUCCCCACUAAAUUGGGCAUGCUAACUCACCUGCAAACUCUUUACCUCUUUAACAAUAGUUUAUCAGGCAUCAUUCCCAGCUCUUUGGGAAAUCUCUCAAAAGUGACCGAAUUAUAUCUAUUCGGAAACUAUCUCCAAGGUCCCAUUCCUCACGAAUUGGGCAUGCUCGUUGACCUUAAAUAUCUUCACCUUUUUACAAAUAACUUAUCAAGCACCAUUCCCAGCUCUUUGGGAAAUCUUUCAAAAUUGGUUAAUUUAGAAUUGUCAGAAAACCAGCUCCGUGGAAAAAUACCAGAUUCUCUUGACAGCCUCCAGCAGCUAAAUAAUCUCUAUCUUGAGCAGAACAAGUUAACAGGGGAGAUACCUGUUAGUUUAGAGGGAUGUCAGAAGUUGGAGGUCCUUCAGUUGUCAGAAAACCAACUAAGUGGAAAAAUACCAGAAAUCUUUGGCAGCCUCCAGCAUCUGAGAUAUAUUUAUCUAGCGCACAACAAAUUAACAGGGGAAAUCCCUGUGAGUUUAGAGGGAUGA